AUGCCGCCCUCCAUCUCGGCCUUCCAGGCCGCCUACAUUGGCAUCGAGGUGCUCAUCGCGCUGGUCUCGGUGCCAGGGAAUGUGCUGGUGAUCUGGGCCGUGAAGGUGAACCAGGCACUGCGGGACGCCACCUUCUGCUUCAUCGUGUCGCUGGCAGUGGCUGACGUGGCCGUGGGCGCCCUGGUCAUCCCGCUGGCCAUCCUCAUCAAUGUCGGCCCCGAGACCUACUUCCACACCUGCCUCAUGGUGGCCUGUCCUGUCCUCAUCCUCACCCAGAGCUCCAUCCUGGCCCUGCUGGCCAUCGCCGUGGACCGCUACCUCCGCGUCAAGAUUCCUCUCCGGUACAAGGCGGUGGUGACGCCGCGCAGGGCGGCGGUGGCCAUCGCCGGCUGCUGGAUCCUCUCGCUCGUGGUGGGCCUGACGCCCAUGUUCGGCUGGAACAACCUGCGGGAGGUGCAGCAGGCCUGGGCGGCCAACGGCAGCGUGGGGGAGCCGGUGAUCAAGUGCGAGUUCGAGAAGGUCAUCAGCAUGGAGUACAUGGUGUACUUCAACUUCUUCGUGUGGGUGCUGCCCCCGCUACUGCUCAUGGUCCUCAUCUACCUGGAGGUCUUCUACCUGAUCCGCCGGCAGCUCAGCAAGAAGGCGUCGGCCUCCUCCGGAGACCCGCACAAGUACUACGGCAAGGAGCUGAAGAUCGCCAAGUCGCUGGCCCUCAUCCUCUUCCUCUUCGCCCUCAGCUGGCUGCCCCUGCACAUCCUGAACUGCGUCACCCUCUUCUGCCCGUCCUGCCACAAGCCCAGCAUCCUCGUCUACACCGCCAUCUUCCUCACGCACGGCAACUCGGCCAUGAACCCCAUCGUCUACGCCUUCCGCAUCCACAAGUUCCGGGUCACCUUCCUCAAGAUCUGGAACGACCACUUCCGCUGCCGGCCCGCACCUGCCGGCGACGAGGACCUCCCGGAAGAGAAGCCCAACGACUAGGCGCUGCCCUCUGUGCUGUUCCAGCCCAGCUGGCCCUCACCUCCCCUCCGCCCCAAGGGGCCCCCUCCCAAAGGAGUGCAUCCCUGCACCCCGGGGGCUUGGAGUGGGGAGGGAACCAGCGCCCCAGGGCACGAGGGGCGUCUUGAGCCCUCCCACCUGCCUGACCAUCC